AUGUCCGAUUCAAAACGGAGCGUGGCACCUGGGGACCUUCCCUCACAAAGACUUGAAUUAAAAUUAAAACGAUUAAAAGAAGAAUAUGUUAAUGCACGUAAAGAACUUUAUUCUCGUAUUGAAGAAAACAAUGCAUUACAACAUGAACUUGUUGAAUAUCGAUUUAAAGUUGAUUAUUACUCCCAAAUGAAUAAUCAGACAUUGCAUUUGGCUACGUCUUCUAAUGAACAAGAAUCAUCAACAGCUGUUCAAUUAUAUUUAAAAGAAAAGGCAGAUAGCCAAUGUUGGCAAUCAAAAUGCCGAAUGUAUCAACAAAAAAUUGAACAGUUACAAAAAAAUUACGAAUUAACUAAAGAUAAAUAUAAACAACGUUUACAAGAAGAACGAGGUAUAUUUGAACGUACGAAACUUAAAUAUCUUGAUCAUAUGAAAAAUAUUCAAAACGAUUUACAUGAAACACGACAAUUACUAGAAAAAGAUGCCGAAUUAAAAAUGAGCCAAGAAUCAGCAUAUCAAGAAUUGAUUGAUGAACGAAGACAAUUACUUACAAGGUAA